UGUACUGAAAAAACAUACCCCUCCACCUCCACCCCCCUUGAGAGGCAAUGCAGUCUCAUUACACUCAAAGGGCAAAACGGGCAUCAUAAUGAAGCUGAUAGAAUAGAAAUCUCUGAGCCCACACCACCGCACUGCAGAGUCCAAAACAGCAGUUAAGACCUUGAUGGUAUCUAUGCCACGGCACAGGUCUAGCUGUGUAAUUCAGCCCUGGAUUAUUAAUGCAUUGACAAACACAAAAAGAGGAUAACCUUCUGUCCCAUCUCCCACCCACACCUCACAAUUUGACACAUAUUUUGUGAACAACAAACGUGCGUCAGCACUCGUGGGAGAAACUGUGUCCUAAAAUUCGAUCACAGGAGGGCUGAACACGCUACUGAUCUUACAAGCAUAGUAACCUUCAUCCUCCCUACAUCAGUGCAAUCCUGCCAAAAAGGAUGAAAAGUCAGUCAGGACGAAAUAGGGAAAACAUUCACUUAAGCUUGGUGGACUCACAUCCAGCAAAUCCAAUACCUCUCGUAUCUCUCUAUAUCUCGCUAUCUCUAUAUCCCCUUCUAAGAAUAUGGUAAGGGGUGCAUACGCCCCCCAUCACUAGUCCUGUCCUCUAUGGGUCUGGAUUGAUGGGAUAACUGAGAGUCUUGUCUGUCUGUUAAAGCUGCUCACAGGGUGGUAUGGCUGUUUUUAGAUCUAGAGAUGGGCGUUGGGUAUGAAGGCAUGUUUGCACUCUAAGGUAUGUUGUUUACAGGGACACUGACACAUUCUGGAAUUAUAGGCUGUCUGUUUUUAAAAACCAGGGUUGUAAUUCAUACAACUUAGAGUAGUGAUUAUUGAUCAGACUGUACUACAAGAGUAAGUAUGUUUUCUAACGUUAAGUAGGCCAGUAUGCCAGGUAAAGAGUUUAGCAUGUGUCCCUUUGAAAAGUGAUUUUGAACAAUUGAUGGCACUGAACCAUCAAUCUUUAAAAAUCAGUUGUGAAAGGUACGCAUGAUUGGUUCUGUGUUCAUGGCAGGUAUUUGGAUCUAUGCUAUGUUUGCACGUGUGUUCAUGGAGUUGGAAAGAAAUCAACAAGUGUAGCACAAUUUAGAAUGACCUCAUCCUCUAUGCUUUCUGAUAUCCUUGACAGCAUGUGGCCAAGUUUUGCUUCAGCACUUUGAUAGAUUCAAGGCAAGCUGCUGAGGCAUGGGGUCAAGUCCCAGUAGUUCAGAAGUAUGUGACCAGAAACCGUUAUUAUAGCAGCUGCAAGUUCAGCUCUGCAUGAAUAUACUGUAUAUAAAGUAUUUUCCUAUGGGCUGAAAUGAAAGAUAUUGUUAUCUGAACAGUCAUUAGCUCAGUGGAUUCUGAUAUGUCGAUGUAAGGGCAGAAGCCUGUGAUCACAACUUGUAAAUCAUCUACUUUUCAAUUCAUUUUGUUGAGAAUGAAUCAAGAUACUGUGUUUUUAUUUGUGUCCAAUUACUUGGUUCUUUACUUUGUAACUCCCAUUUAUUCUGAAAGGAACCGCAUAGAAGGCAUAUAGUGAUGUAUAAUGUUGUGUUUGUAAUCUGCAGUUCUGCAAAGCGAGGAUGCCUGAUAGAGUAGCAGCACACAGCACAGAGCACUGAGAGCAGCCAUUCUGUUUGUGAUGGUAUCAUCCCAUUAUCACUGGCACCGGAUGACGGUAGUAGCUUAUAUUUCACUCAUGAGUAAAUAUUGAUAGAUCUGAUUGUACAGGAAACACAAGAGCCUUGUGUAAAUAUUUGGCUCAGUAGUGCCAACAUCUGCAAAUGCACAGUUCUGAACAGACACAGAACUAGAGAACCAGGCAAAUGGAGCGAAAAAACAGUAAUGUACUUUCUGGUUAUUUCAAACCUUUCUUUAAUCAAACUCAAAAGACAAACACUCCUUAAAAGCCUUUUUGUGUUUUAGAGUGAAAAACAAGGUCCCCGUCUACAACCACAGUCAGGUCUACCCUGCUCUGUGGUCCCCGCUCUAUCCUCAAGCCCACCCACCCCACCUCCUGCCAGCCUCCCUCACGCUAUAGUGUCCCUGUCAGAAUUCAAUUCCUUCCCAGCUUCACAUUACGUACAUAGGGAGAGCACAGAAUGAUACACUUAUGCAACACUUAGCAUAUUAACCUUCUGUUUGAAUUAUCCUUGGAGGGGGAGAUUGGGAUUGUAGAGUGUGGGAGGGGAGGCUGCCAGUGUGAUGGCCUGCUGAGUUACAGAAUGCCGUAGUAGUGAUUUCCUAAACUCCCACUGUGUCACAAUGCAUCAUGGGAGAUGAGCCAUGUUCAACUGAAGGCACAUUUGUUGUGUUACAUAUGACAACGUCAUUAACGUGUCAUGCCAGCUUGUUACAGUGGGCCACCGGCCAUGUUCCUAUUUGAUGUUCUAGCAAACAUCCACCAGCUUUCAACAAAACAUGUUCUCCAACAGCACUUUAUCAAAGAGCAGCUCAAAUGCACUAUUAUAUUUUCAAGAAAAUACACAAGCAUAAAUGUGGGUGAAUUCUAUCCUAGUACAGCUAAGGACAUUAGAUGUAAUGUAAUUGAUAACUGUCUUUGUGGUAGGUACACAUGAGAGACAUGACAGCAGUGUCCUUGGCUUACACUAUACCACUCCACUGUCAGUGCAGAGGGGUUUAUAUCUAAAGCUUGAGUGGUUACUUUCCCUACAAGCCAGAAAAAUUCAUGCUCCUUCAUUAGCAUUGGAAUGGGGAUGGGGUUAUAGUGGGCAGACUGUAGCAUAGUGGGUAGACUUUUAGUGUGUUUUCUUCCCUCUAAUGCUCUGGAAGCCUGUGGGCUCUGGCGAGGCCGGCUGUGUGCUCGUAAGUAAAAGGGCACAGAGAAUGAAAAAGCCUUAAUUGACCAGAUAUCCUUCAUUACACACAGGCUUACAAACCCAAUGCACUCUGUCCCCCUAAGACGAGUUCUAAAGCACAAAGGCCAGUGACAGACAGGAAGCCAGUCUGGAAGAUGGAAAAUGUUUUUUAGACAGAUAGAUUUGAGUUUAUUCACUUGUAUUUUGAUUUCUGGGAACGUACUGCAUCUGAUGAUGGCUUAGUCACUUCGGGGUACACAUUGAUGGAUAACAAGCUGUUCAUAGAUUAAAGGAGCUGUAAGUGACUGUAUCAAUGGUAUGAACAGUACAGUAGAUGUUAAGUGUGCUGCAGAUUUAGAAACAUGUUAUAUAUAUUUCUUGUCUAUGCAGGGCCAUCUUGAAUUUGUCAAGCUGUCACUUUUCUGGACCUGACAAUGUUUCGUAAGAAGAAAAAGAAGAGGCCAGAGAUCUCGGCACCAAAGAACUUUGAGCACCGGGUGCACACCUCUUUUGAUGCUAAACGAGGCUGCUUCGUGGGCCUGCCAACCCAAUGGCACAGUUUGAUAGAGAACCUCCGCAGGCCCAAGCCUAUGGUGGACCCCUCCCGGAUCACCCCAGUUGAGCUCAAUCCAAAGAAGACCAUUGUGCGUGGGAGUAUGAUCGGCCAUGGAGACUACAUCUCAGCCAUGAUCUCCGACAUGAGUAGGCUGUCCGUGACCAGCUCCAACUCCCUAAGGAAGAGCAGCCCUUCAGGCAGGAAGAGGGCCCAGUCCCUUGGCAGGCUGGGGGAGGUUAAGGAGGGGGACACCUACCAGUAUGAAGACCUGGGAGAGGAUGACAUGGAGCAGCAGCAGUGGAGGGACAGGGCUCAUAACAUCCACAGUGAGAGUGGGAUGCCCCAAAUGGGCAUGAAGAAGAGCAUCACCCUGCAGCCCAACGGGGAUCUUCCCAGGGCUAAGUCCACCUACGAGGUGAGUGUCAGCUCUCUGGAGAGACCCCCGGUUCCAUCCCAGCCCAUACAGGUGCCUAUUAAAGGGGCUUAUAUCAGCUGUGAGGUGGGCAGUCCCACAGAGAGACUGAUGGUGAGGAGAGACUUCCAGGUGCCGAGGGUUAUGCCACACAACCAGAGGCCCUUCUCAUGCUUCUACAACCCAGCCAUGGCUGUCCAGCAGCCCCAUCCUGAUCAUGGGCGACACCUCCCUCCGGAGUACCGCACCAACCUCUACAUCCACUCCCACAACAGCCCUAGCAGACCAUACUCCUCCUACGACCUGAAGGCAGAGUCGGCUCUGAGGCACCACCAGUCAGGCUUCCUACCCAGCACCCCCAGCAGUCCCUUCAUGAGUGGCAUCAGACCCCACAGGACGGUGCGCUCCUCAGCCAGCUACACCCUGGGACUGUCUCCCAACAUGGGCCUGAGACUCAAUGGCCCUGACCCUUUUUUGAGACACUCAGGGUGCCCUAAUGCUCCCUUCCCCAGGCAGGACAGCCCCUCCCAGCCCCGGCCCUCCCCCACAGGCUCCCUGGCCACCAGCCCCCCAGGCACAUGCUCCCCUGCUUUCAGACCCCCUCAGCACCCCCAGAGGCCGCCACCAGACCCCCCCAGGGUGACCCAUGAACAGUUUAAGGCUGCCCUGCAGAUGGUGGUAGACAAGGGAGACCCUCGGUUGUACCUGGAGAACUUUGUGAAGAUUGGCGAAGGUUCGACGGGGGUGGUGUGUAUUGCUCGGGAGAAACACAGUGGCAGGCAGGUGGCCGUGAAGAUGAUGGACCUGCGGAGACAACAGCGAAGAGAGCUGCUUUUCAACGAGGUGGUGAUCAUGAGGGACUACCAGCACAGGAACGUGGUGGAGAUGUUUAAGAGUGCCCUGGUGGAGGAGGAGCUCUGGGUCAUCAUGGAGUACAUAGAGGGUGGAGCACUAACCAACAUCGUGUCUGAGACCAGGCUGAGUGAGGAGCAGAUAGCCACAGUGUGUGAGGCUGUGCUGCAAGCCCUGGCCUACCUUCACUCCCAGGGAGUCAUCCACAGGGACAUCAAGAGUGACUCCAUACUGCUAACACUGGAUGGGAGGAUCAAGCUGUCAGACUUUGGGUUCUGUGCACAGAUCAGUAAGGACAUUCCCAAGAGGAAGUCUUUAGUAGGAACACCCUACUGGAUGGCUCCGGAGGUCAUCUCUAAAUCUCCAUACAGCACUGAGGUGGAUGUGUGGUCUCUGGGCAUCAUGGUAGUUGAGAUGGUGGACGGAGAGCCCCCCUACUUCAGUGAGACCCCCGUUGCAGCCAUGAGAAGACUGAGGGAUGAGCCAGCUCCCACCGUACGGAACACAACCCAGGUAUCCCCGGUGUUGAAAGACUUCCUGAACCGUAUGUUGACCCGGGACCCAGUGGAGAGGGCCAGCGCCACAGACCUGCUAGAACACCCCUUCCUCCUGCAGAGCGGCUCCCCACAGUGCCUGGUGCCCCUGGUGGAGCAGUACCGCAAGCGCAUGUCUCACUGCUGAUCCCAUGGUGGACCCUGAUCCCUGAUUACUACUGUACCCACCCUGAGUGUGAUCUGCCCAGGCCCAACCCACCCAGCACCCACCCCAGUGUGGGAGCAGCACCAGAGAGCAGAUCCAGACCCAGAGAUCCUGGUGCUGUUACAGAGCUCAUGGCAUCAGGCCUGUAGGCUUGGUAAACAAUGGCACAGCAUGGGCCUAGAGACCUACUGUAAGAAGCACUUUAGCAGUGAGUUGGUGUAGUGAAACAGUAGCAUGCAAACAAACAGUAUUCCUAACUCAUUUCAACAACGUCUGGUUCUACCUGUGAUAGACAACAUCCAAUGGGAUUCCUCCCGACACAACACCAAUCUAGCCUUGGUACAUUAUAUACAGACUUGAAAUCCAAGGGAACUGUAAACUGCAUUGUGAACUUUUACUGUAAUUGAGCAGUUUCCCAUUGUAGUGUUUGGAUAAUAGUGAAUUUUCAGCUUGUGCUAUAGACUCAAGUUAUGGUAGCUCAUGACUUGGAGAGAAGCUUGAUGUUACAUACCUCUACAACCAUAUGGGACACUGACUGAAGUUCACCUUGUCAGUAAACAAUUUGCAUGGCCAAAUGAAGGCAGACCUGGCCUGAUCAGAAUGUUUAAAACAUGCUACUAUGAGAGACCUGCCGCCAGUAUCACCAUGACAAAUGUGUAGAUGAGGGGAUGUCUGUUCGUUUUUAUUGUGCUCAAGGAAUCAUGUUCCUUUUAAUAUUUAUUAUAUUUUGCUUUCCCGAAAAGUGUUGUGAAUGGUUUGUAACGUGAAAUUGCAAAUAAGUUUUCAGUUUAGAAUAUCAACUUGAAAUGUAGCAGAUGAACAAAUAAUGUAAAUACAUCCUGUAUAUUAGGACUUACUUGCAGAGCCACUGUACUUACACUACCGCUCAAAAGUUUGGGGUCACUUAGAAAUGCCCUUGUUUUCCAUGAAAACAUACAUGAAAUGAGUUGCAAAAUGAAUAGGAAAUACAGUCAAGACGUUGACAAGGUUAUAAAUAAUGAUUUUUAAUUGAAAUAAUAAUUGUGUCCUUCAAACUUUAAUUUCGUCAAAAAAUCCUCUAUUUGCAGCAAUUACAGUCCUGCAGGCUUUUGGCAUUCCAGUUGUCAAUUUGUUGAGGUAAUCUGAAGAGAUUUCACCCCAUGCUUCCUGAAGCACCUCCCACAAAUUGGAUUGGCUUGAUGGGCACUGCCUACGUACCAUACGGUCAAGCUGCUCCCACA